GCUACCGCCGCCCGGCGCUCCGCAGCGGCCACCAUGGCGGAGGACGACAGCGACUGGGUCGUGGAGAGCAUCGUGGGCUACCUGGGCAGCCCCGAGUGGGUCGUCCCCGUCACGGACUUCAUGGAGAACAAAUGCACAGUUUUUGAUGACGAAGAUGAAAACAAAUUAUCAUACACAGACAUCCAUCGGCAGUAUAAGAAGCUGGUGGAGAAGCUGUUGGAGAACUACAUGGAGGAGGUUGGCAUCAACGAGCAGCAGUUCCUGGAUGCGUGCUCCUCUCCCUUUGCCAAGUCCAACACACUACAGUCGGUGUUCCAGCCGGUUCUGGCCACAGACGACUUCCAGAUGUUCCGCUCGAUGAUGGUUCAGAAGAAUAUGGAACUCCAGCUUCAAGCCCUCAGGGUCAUUAAAGAGAGAAAUGGGGAGCUUCCAGAGUGUCUGACUGAUGGUGUGGAUGUGAUGACGGAGCUGCAGCAACAAGAGAUGAAAAUCCUGCAAGAGGUUCUCAGAAAAUCAAAAGAGGAGUACGAAGAGCAAAUGUCCAGGAGGCAGCUGUUCGAGGAGGAGGUUGGUUCCACCUCCAGCGACUGCUCUGAUAGGCCAGUGGCAGAGAGCGGCAGAGCCCAGAAUACCACCUCUGCUCCCAGCCAGCAACGCACCAAUGCCAAGGCUAAAGCUGAGGGGAACGGUGGCAGCAGAGGCAGCAGCAGCAGUAACGGUCACCUCACUCCACUAGUGAACGGAAACACUGCCACUGAACUGAAUCGGGUCAAGGUCAACCCUGUCAGAAAAGAGGAGAGGAAGACAACUGACCCCGGAGCUGGAGAUGAAAAAGGUUCAGCUAAGAGCCGGUCCUCAUCCAAACUCAUUCCAGAUUGUAACAGUGUGGAGUCCAGAGUCCUUCCAGCGGUGAGAGCUCCAGUGAAGUCUGCCGAGCCGUCCGCCAGCAGCGCUCCUCGGCCCACGGAGCAGAGCAGCAGGAGCCGGACUGCGGCCGAGACGUGUCUGGAGGAGGCGCACAGGGAGGCGGGCUUCUCUAAGCCAUUUACUGAGUUGUCAUCGUCACAGCAGGAGGAGCUCCAGCAGAGGGCAGCAUAUCUCUGUCAGCAGCGAGACAAGCUGCACGCGCUGAAGAAGGAGCAGCAGAAGACCAAGCAGACCACCACAUCAGAGGAGGCCCCCCCACCAGCACCUGCACCACCAGCACCCACCCCCACCCCGGAGAUAUCUGCUGAGGAGAGGAAGAAGCUCCAGAAGAGAAAACAUCUGGCCGACAAGCUGAAAGAGGAAGUGAUCAAGAAGUAACUUCCCCCUCCGACUUCACUCCGGGGAUCAAACAUUUUACAACCUUUACUUUACCUCCGUCCGUCCGUCAGAUAGUUCACUCCCCACGACACAUUUCAAGAUACUUCCCAAAGAAACACCAAUAGUACGAGAUCUUCCCGAAACCCGGAGCUUUUCCCCUGGUGGUCUACAGAGGAGAACUGGCCCAUUUUACUUUGUGAAAGUACCGGUGUGUGGCAGAAUCCACUCAUACCAGGGGCCACACAAGUAUUAUAAGAUCUGUCAAUUACAAAUGUUGGAACGAGAGAAUUCAGAGAACGUCAGGUGGAGAACUCCGAUUACUUUCACUUCACUAGAUGUUCGAGGCCUGUGUCCAACACAUCGCUCCUCAUUCAGCACAGAGGACGACACUAAAUGUGGACUGUUCAAAUUGAAUUGCAAAAUGUACCCACUGUAUAAUGUCCUCACACAUUUAAUUGCAUGCAUCUGUCCAGCGAAUGUGGGAGAGGACUUUAUUUCUAUAGUCCAGCGUGGUGGUGACAUUAACCAGCACAGGUGUUCAGUCUUGUUUCUCCACUGUCGUUAGCAUGUACAUCACAUAGCUGAGAACCCAGUAGCAGCUCAGCUCGGAGGGGGGGGUGGGGGACCACGCCGCUGUGUGUUCGUCAAGGAGCCAAGAGAACCGCGUCACGCUUUCUACUAGGAACGCCGUAAUCUGCAGUCUUCACUUUAAGCAAUCUUGAUGCAGUUUCUAUGUAACAUUGCUAUCAGGUAUGCUGUUUAAUAAAUCACAUUUUAUAGAAACAA